GGAGACCCUGACUUCAUUCCAAAGAUUUUCAGCAUCUUGACAACUGUCAGAUUAUUUAUAUAAAUAUAUACAACAUAUACAAUUAGUUUAUAAAUAUUGAUGAGUGCAAACGUAAUUAAGUGAAAACGAUUAGGUGUUAAGUGAAGGUUUCAAAGGGUUGUAGGGUGGAUGCAUUAUGUGCUGAAAGAAGUAAGCACUUGUAAAAUUUAACCUGUAGCAAAAAUGUAUGAUAAUCCGGUAUCUCUACAAGAAUUAUGUUUGGAGUACAUAUGUGAGUACUAUGAGGAUGUCUUUGAAGUAUCUUCCACUCAGCCCACUGCUGAUCACUGCUUCUACAAUCAGUGCUUGGUGCUGGAGAAAAGGAUCAGCUUCAAGGAUGAGGACAUGUACCUGUUUCCGGAACUCUCAGAGAAAUUACUCACAAGGUUCAAUGAAAAGAACCUUGUUAGUGAUACUACCAUACAUUUGUUCACUGGGAGGAACACCAAGCUGCGGAGUGUCAAGAUUAAAAACUGUAGGAUCAGCCAUGAAGGUUUGAAGAUAUUGCGUGAGCACAAAUUGUCUGAGUUGCAGUGCAUUAAUGUUGAGAUUAGUAUUGGCAAAAUUAUUGAUUGCUUGAAUGAGUAUAGUCUUAGCAAUUUGACGCACCUGAAUGUGUCCUGUUGUACCUUCAUAGAUUUAACCAGACAUAGCUCAGUAGUUCAAUUAACGAAAUUAGUCAAUUUGCGAACACUGAACGUCUCAUUCACCGAGUUCAAUCAGCAAGCUUUGCAGAUAGUUUGCGAUGAUUUACAGUACCUGGAACGACUUGAUAUCUCGGGGACCUGCGUGCAAUGUAUUAAACCUUUACUUAAGAUCAAAGAUAGACUGGUCGGAUUAGUUGCAAGCGAUCUCCAUUUGAUAAACACGAUGACUAAGACCAUAAUAGAGUUGGACUCGCUGCGCCACUUGGAUAUAAGCUUAUACCACGAGUCUUUUGAGAGUAUCAAUAAUAUGGCAAUAUGCGAUAUUCUGGAGAACCCUGAUAAGUUACCGAACUUGAUUUAUCUGGAUAUCUCGGGAUGGCGCGAUCUGAUUUCGAAGAGCACUUUGGAGACUUACUUGCAGACUCAUCCGAGGCUCAAAUUUUUGGGCGUGGUAUUGAACCCAGUAGCUUUUGAAGUGUUCCUCAGCGAGCCAACUGGUGAGAAAGAUCUGAUUAUAGCAGGUUUAGGCAAUGAGGAGCAGCUGAAGAUGGCGUUGAAGAAACAUAUAGAUAGGUAUACCUAUGUGCAGAAGGCUCUGUAUCAUCUUUUCCAAUUGUCUGGCUGGUAUCAUACAAGUCGAAAAGAUGUUUUUCAAUUGGUUUUACCCGCUAUGGCGGCUCAUCCGAGAAAGUUCGGAGUUCAGAUGGCUGCGACAGCCUGCUUGUACAAUUUAACUAGAGGGGAGAUUAGUAAGACUAUACAUCCGAAGAUGCUAUCGCAUGCCGUUCAUUUAACUUUAAAUGCCAUGGAAUCCUUCCCAGACGAACACCAGCUGCAGAAAAACGGUCUACUGACUUUAUGCAGCGAUCGUAUUCUACAGGAAGUCAGCUUCGAUAGGUACAGAUGCACGAAGCUAGUGUUGGAAUCGUUGUGCGCCAACGACGAAGUCAACAUGAAUCGCAUGUCUGUAGCGAUCUGCAGCAUACUUGCUUCCAAGAUUUCCACAUCGGAAACUUCCGAGUUAGGUGCCAAACCCAAGUACAUGAGCAAAUUGCUGGCGAUGGUUAAGGAAAGGGUGGAAUCUGGUCGAUCAGAUAUCACUUUGAAGUUCACGCUGAGCGCGCUCUGGAAUUUGACGGAUGAGAGUGCGGCCACCUGUCACGUAUUCUUGGAGAACGGUGGAGCCGAAUUGUUCUUGAAAGUGCUUUGCGUCUUCCGCAAUGAUACGGCGGUCGAAACCAAGGUUUUGGGUUUGUUAAAUAACAUCGCUGAAGUUGAAGAUUUGAGAAGUCAUCUGAUGAUAGACGCUCUGAUGAACGAGCUGUUCACCUUGCUCAAGGAUCCGCACAUAGACGUGAGCUAUUUCGCGUCUGGUAUAGUUGCACAUCUGUCUUCGGAUAGACCGGAGACUUGGUUAGUUAAGGAGAAGACCAGAGAGAAUAUGUUGAAAGAGUUAGAAGAGGCUGUCGAUAGCUGGGGAAUCCCGGACACCGAGAUGGUGGCGUACCGGACCUUCCGUCCGUUUUUCCCGUUGCUCUGUCCUGGAAUGGGUUACGGGGUCCACCUAUGGGCAGUUUGGGCCAUCCAACAUGUAUGCACUAAAAACCCGAGACGAUACUGCCUCAUGCUUCGCGAAGAAAACGGCUUAGAAUUGUUAGAGAAUUUAUUAGAAGACGGUCAAUGCCAUGAGAACGUCAAGAAUAUAUGCAGUAAUAUUAUAGAUAUUACUAAAAUGACUGUCGUGCACCAAGGACUCAUUGAAUUAAUAUAAUUUAUUAAUUAAUUAAUUAAGCCGCUAAAUGUCCACACCUCCAUUCAAUUGUGCCAAUCUAUGAAACAAACAAAAAAACAAAGAAAAGAGUCCACUAAUACAAGUUUCAACUAAAUUACGUUUUCUCACCGAAUUAAUUGAUUAAGAAACGAAUGCAAAAAAAUUUGGCAUAUACCUCAUGUAUGUGUAUUACUUGUUUUUAAUAGAAAAAUGCCGUUACGUAAACUAAAAGUAAGUGUAAUAGUUUUCGCUCUUUUCUCCUCUAAUCUCCGUAAAUUCGACGUCUAUUGAUGCUGAUCCAGUUUCUAGCGAAUCCCAAGCCACCUAAAUUUACCUCAAGUCAUUAUAAGUUAAAACAAAAAAAAA